AUGAUCUCCAUUUUUGACCACAGUUUCAUUCAUGUCGUCCACUCAUCUUCCGGACAGGACCAUGAAGUGGAUGAAAGGAAAAGGACUCACAAUCGGCUCGUUCCAUUCUUCUGCUCCUCGAGACCUUCGGCCAUUGCCAGUCACGUCGACGAGGAUUGGGUGAAGACGAAUUCAACGCAGAGGUUGCAUCAGCUGACGCCUCCACGUGGAGUUUGUAUCUUGCUUUCAACCUCGGGCCAGCUGCAUCGUUCCUCCGGCUGGGCUCUGCUUUCACUGUCCACUCGGUCAAAUUCGGGUAGAGCGCUGAAGCCUGCUCGGCUUUAUCUCAAGCGUGCAAAAUGGCAAUUUUUUGUGCAUCUCGCGCACAUGCAGGAACUUUUACAUGGUCCAGACUUUAUGACGGCUCACAUUUCAGUCGGUUCAGACACAACCUUUUCGAAGGCAGAAUGA